AUGUGCAAAUCUACAUUGCGAAACAAAAUUGCUUUAAUUCUGAGAGUGGCAUCACCCCACCGGCCCCGCACCGAUGUGCAGCUGGGGGUCCCCGUCGACAGCCUGGAAUCCACGCACUACCGCUCGCUCCUUGGUUCCGCACGCGUGGAGGUGGACUCCUGGCGCGGCAAGGAGUACCUGAAACCCCGCGGGUAUGACUGCCAGCGAGGGGUGCAGCUGCCCUCCGGCAUCGACGUCUGCUGCGUGACCUCCGGCGGGCGCGUGCACUCGCGCUGGAAGCCUGAGAACCAGGACUCCUUCAUGCUGCAAGCCAUCCCCGCUGUGCACGACGCGGCGCUGGCCAGCCGCGGGGCGGUGGUCGUGGGCGUCUUCGACGGCCACGGUCCCCGCGGCGGCGAGGUUUCGCGCGGCGCGCGCGACUCCUUCGCCAAGAGCAUGCUGGCCUCGGCCACCGGGGGCGAGGGUGGGCCAGAUCCCAGCGCGGUGGGCGCGGGGGACCCCGCCGCCGGCGCCCUGGUGCAGGGCCUGCAGCUGGCCGCCACCGAGCUCAACGCCAGGGGGCGGGACUACUCACGCAGCGGCAGCACCGCCGUCGUCUGCAUGGCCGAGCCUGGCAGGUUUGUUGUGGGUGGCGUGACGGCCGCCUGGCUGGGCGACUCCCGCGCAGUGCUGGGCCUGCACAGCGUGCGGGGCGUGCACCGCAUCCAGGCCCUCACCCAGGACCACAAGCCGGAGGAUCCACGCGAGAUGGCACGCAUCGUGCGCUCCGGCGGGCGGGUGGUGCAGGUCUACCAUGAUGCGCACAACAACCCCGUUGGCCCCUUCCGCGUCUGCUUCCCAAACACGACCUCGCCGGGGCUGGCCGUCAGCCGCGCGCUGGGCGACACGCUGGCGUCCAGCAUCGGCGUCAGCGCCACGCCCGACGUGGGGCGCGCCCACUUCCCCGCGGCAGUCCAGGCGCUGGCGGGCGUGCCGGGCGACGCCGUGGCGCCGCGGGGCGAGUCGGGCACGGGGCCCGGCGUCGCGCCGCCCUUUCCACCCCCCCGCCACGUGCUGGUGGUGGCCAGCGACGGGCUGUGGCAGUGGAUCGGCGACGCGGCGGCGGUGGACAUCGCCGCGGCGGCGGGGAGCGCCGAGGAGGCGGCCGCCGCGCUGCUGGACGUCGCACGCCUGCGCUGGGCCAUGGUCUACCACGGCGCGCACGUGGACGACAUCACCGUCGCCGUAGCCUUCCUCCCCGCGCUCUGA